CCGUACCUGUCUGAACAGGGAGAGUCGGAGCGCUGUAGGGCAGAGGAAGGAAAGAAAUAAAAAAGAAAAGAAACGGGGUAUCAAGAGGAGGAAAGUAGGAGGAACAAAAGGCACAUAUUUAAAGAGGACAAACAGGAAAGAGAAGUGUUUGGAGAACUGACACAGAGCGAGAGUUUAUCAAGAUCUCGAGGCUUCAAAUCUGCCUUUUUUUCUCCCUGCUCCCUGCUGGGCUGUUUUUCUAUUUUUCUGAGACCCGUAGCUAUUUUUGUCCGUCAGUGUUGGAGCGGUUUGGGAUGGAUGCCAUCAUGCUGCAAGAAAAAUUGGUGGAACGGCUGCUGUGCCCACGAGUGAGAACAGCCAGGCAGAAGGAGAAACAGUAUGUUGGUUUUGCAACUCUACCCAACCAGGUCCACAGGAAGUCUGUGAAGAAAGGCUUCGAUUUUACGCUCAUGGUUGCAGGAGAGUCUGGUAUGGGUAAAUCCACUCUGGUCAACAGCCUGUUCCUCACAGACCUCUACAAAGACAGGAAGUUACUGAAUGCUGAAGAGCGCAUCAACCAAACUGUGGAGAUCAUCAAACACACUGUAGACAUCGAGGAGAAAGGAGUCAAGCUCAAGCUGACCAUCGUCGACACGCCGGGGUUCGGAGACGCCGUCAACAACAACGAGUGCUGGAAACCGAUCACAGACUACAUAGAUCAGCAGUUUGAGCAAUACUUCAGGGAUGAGAGCGGACUGAACAGAAAGAACAUCCAGGACAACCGAGUCCACUGUUGCCUCUACUUCAUCCCUCCGUUUGGACACGGGCUGCGUCCGGUUGACGUUGAGUUCAUGAAGGCUCUGCACGAAAAGGUGAACAUAAUUCCACUCAUCGCAAAGGCCGACUGCCUCACGCCCAACGAGAUAAAGAAGCUCAAAGACAGAAUACGAGAGGAAAUAGACAAGUUUGGGAUCAAAGUGUACCAGUUCCCUGAAUGCGACUCCGAUGAGGAUGAAGAGUUCAAACAACUUGACAAAGAGCUGAAGGAGUGCACCCCGUUCGCUGUGAUCGGCAGUAACACGGUGGUGGAGGCCCGAGGGCAGAGAGUCAGAGGGAGACUGUACCCCUGGGGAAUCGUUGAAGUGGAGAACCAGUCGCACUGUGACUUUGUGAAAUUGAGGAACAUGCUGAUUCGUUCGCACAUGCACGACCUGAAAGACGUGACCUGCGACGUCCACUACGAGAACUACAGAGCGCAGUGCAUACAGGAGAUGACCAGUAAACUGGCUCAGGACAACCGUAUGGAGAGUCCCAUCCCGAUCCUGCCGCUGUCCACUCCAGAUUUGGAGACUGAGAAACUAAUCAAAAUGAAAGAUGAGGAGCUGAAGAGGAUGCAGGAGAUGCUGAAUAAGAUGCAGCAGCAGAUGCACGACAAAGACCAGUGACGGGCUGCAGCGCCGCCUGCUGUUUCCCCCCCUGAACCACAGUGAGACCAUCAGACAAACAUGGAUAUCACAUGUUAGUGGCGACUCUGGCUGUACAUUUACCCUCAGUUUGGUGCUUUGUAUAGUUUGUCUGCCUGGACGGUUGUUUGUCAGAGCGUUUUUUUUAUUUCAUUUUUGUCUCUGAAAGUCUCCGUUUGCCCACUUUGAGCCCCUCGCUGUGGUUUUAACAGUCUUAACAUAAUAUAAUAUAAAUGCGUAAUUUAACUACUCAGUGUAUCUAAUUUAUAAAUGCAAUGCUAAACUUUUUUGGAUAUUUUUGUCAGGGUACGAUGUGUGCUACCAGAUGUUUUGUAAAGAAAUUUAGGUUGUUGGUGAUGUUUAACAUUUGAUGGAUAUUGUUUUUUAUUAUGUGUUUGUGAGUGUGUUUGGGUGUGUGAGUGUUUCAUGACAUUUCCUCCAGAUAUCCGUCCAUCAAACUCCCUUUUAUCCACCGUGACUUUACCUUUUUUUUAACUCUUGUUAAUUUGCUCUCUGAUCCUCAUAAAUACCUUCAUUUUUUUCACAUAUGGCAAGUCAAAAUAUCCUCUCCCAGCAUUUUUUUAUAUGUGCUGGCUGAGCUGAAAAUGCACUUAUUGCCAGUGGCUAACUGUGAAUGGAGAGCCUUUGACAUAAUGAGAGGGUCGGUGCAGUGCAGGGUGCAUGUGCAAGCAUGCUGCCAUUACUCAUAUCCGCUGAAUGCUGUGGGCCUAUUUUUACUGCUUUAUAGCCGAUGCCCUGUGCUCGUGUUGAAAUGCAUCUUGUCCUGCAGUUUGCUUUGACGCCACUACGGUGAAAAUAGAUCAAUAACGAGGAGCGAAUACUGUGUCUAUGCUUCUGUUUUAAAGUCCACUCAUUGGAAGUGAGUUGCUGCAUUCUGCUAGUGAAGGUGUGUGUGUGAGUUAAGGUUGUUUGAGUGUGUGUGUGUGUGUGUGUGUGUGUGUGUGUGUAUGUGUGUGAGAGUGUGUGUGCUGAUGCUGAGGAACAGUACAUAUUUUGCCUGAAGGCUGUGAGCUCAGCCUGUGCCCCAUUUAUAAAAGUGUGACAAAUAAAACUCUUGUUUCUCGUCA